AUGGCGGAAAGCCAAGAUUUGCUAGAAAUUCAAUUAGCAUCUGAGACCAAUAAUCAGCCCAAACAAAAACACAUCAUCACUUUCAUGGAUCGUAAAUGGUACAAUGCUGCAGCUGAAGGCCGAAUUAACCAAUUUAAAGAUUACACAGAGCCUCUAGAUCUUUUGCGUACUGCAAACAAAAAUACAGUCCUACAUGUUCAUAUCACAGCAGCGAAAAAGGAAACGGAAGAAUCCAUUGAACUUGUGAAACUAGUUAUCAGCAAGUGUUCAUCGCUGCUAGCUGAGCCCAAUAUCAAAGGCGAAACUCCUCUGCACAUUGCAGCAAGGUUCGGUCAUAAAAAUAUAGUGGAAUGUCUUAUUGACAACAUCAAGAAGGCUCAACACGAAGACCUUGAGAGAGGUGCAGAGGCGUCAAUAAGUGAUAAGAUGCUGAAGACGACAAGCCCAGAUGAAGACACAGCCUUACAUGAGGCUGUGAGAAAUAAUCAUCCUCAAGUGGUGGAAACAUUGAUUAGAGAAAAUCCUGAAUUUGCGAACAUAGCUAAUGCCGCCGGAGAAAGCCCGCUUUACCUUGCUGCAGUGAGGGAGAACAAUAGCAUGGCUUCUAAGAUAUUGGAGAUAUGUCCCUCUCCCGCAUACAUCGGUCCCAAGGGUAGAACAGCUUUGCACGAAGCUGUGAUAAGUAAAGAUAAAGAUUUGACAAGAAAAAUACGGGACAAAAACAACAGUCUGACCAAAGAACAAGACAAAAAAGGAUGGACUCCGCUGCAUUAUGCUUCCUACUUCAAUCUUAUUCCAAUUGUGGAAAUGUUACUAGCAGAUGAUAAUAAAUCUGCAGCCUAUAUUGGCGAUAAUCAUGAAAGGACACCUCUUCAUAUUGCAAUUAUCUGCGGCAAAAGCCAUUUAAAGGUGAUGAAAAAAAUUAUGUCAGAUUGCCCAGAUUGCUGCGAGCUGACUGACAAUAGAGGUCGGAAUAUUCUCCAUUUUGCGGUGGAAAGCGGCAGUUUUAAAGGAGUGCAAAUUAUUACUGAAGAACCUUCCCUGGCCAACCUAAUUAAUCAGAAAGAUAAAGAAGGGAACACUCCAGUCCAUCUAGUCGCUGCUUUUGGCUUUGAAGAAUGUAGUCUUACAGAACACCACCUAGUUGAUAAAAAGGCCGUCAACAAUAAAAAUUUAACCGCUCUGGACGUGGUGCUCGAAAGAAAGGAUGAAAGCGACGAGCCAUUGGGAUUUACAGCAAGAGGCCUAAGGCGGGUGGGAUAUAAACGAGGUCGGCCUUAG